AACACACUCAUUACACACGUAGCAGCCAGGCUGAGUGGCAAUACUGUUACACUUAAAAUAAUAUUUCUGUUUUACGGUUCAAUUAGCUAUGGAUGAGGAAUAUUACGGCACGGCAGGAGACUGGGAUGGUCAAGACGGUGGCAUGGAGGACGGCUAUGUGGAAGGGGAGUCGGAUGGGAAAGUGCAAGCGGAAUGUCUGCAGAAGUUCUCCAGCAGAGACUAUAUCAUGGAGCCCGCGGUAUUCAACACGCUGAAAACGUAUUUCCAGGCAGGGGGCUCACCAGAGCAUGUCAUUCAGCUCCUGUCCGAAAACUACUCUGCGGUGGCGCAGACCGUCAACCUUCUCGCUGAGUGGCUCAUUCAGAUGGGUGUAGAGCCAGCUCAGGUGCAGGAGCGAGUGGAGAAUCACCUCAAGAGCCUUCUGAUCAAGCAUUUUGACCCCCAGAAGGCUGACUCCAUUUUCACAGUGGAAGGAGAGACCCCAGCCUGGCUGGAGCAAAUGAUAGCCCACACUACGUGGAGGGACCUCUUCUACAAGCUGGCUGAGGCCCAUCCUGACUGUCUGAUGCUCAAUUUUACAGUGAAGCUGAUUUCAGACGCUGGAUACCAGGGUGAGAUCACCAGUGUGUCCACAGCAUGUCAGCAGCUGGAGGUGUUCUCUCGAGUGCUGCGGACCUCCCUGGCCACACUGCUGGACGGCGGGGAGGACAACCUGGAAAAGAACCUGCCCGAAUUUGCUAAGAUGGUUUGUCACGGGGAGCACACGUACCUGUUUGCCCAGGCUAUGAUGUCCAUUCUCGCCCAGGAAGAGCAGGGAGGAUCGGCCAUGCGCAGGAUUAGCCAGGAAGUGCAGAAGUCUGCCCAUCAGAGGGGCCACGAUGCCAGCCAGAUCACACUGGCCCUGGGCACAGCGGCAGCCUACCCCCGCGCCUGCCAAGCCUUGGGUGCCAUGCUGUCAAAGGGAGCGCUCAACCCCGCUGACAUCACCGUGCUCUUCAAGAUGUUCAGCAGCAUGGACCCGCCCCCCGUGGAGCUGAUCCGAGUGCCUGCCUUCCUGGACCUGUUCAUGCAGUCUCUGUUCAAGCCAGGGGCCAAAAUCAACCAAGACCACAAGCACAAAUACAUUCACAUCCUGGCCUAUGCUGCCAGUGUGGUGGAGACCUGGAAAAAGAACAAGCGAGUGAACAUUAACAAGGAUGAGCUGAAGUCCACCUCUAAGGCCAUCGAGACAGUGCACAACCUCUGCUGCAAUGAGAACAAAGGAGCCACAGAGCUGGUGGCUGAACUCGGCACACUGUACCAGUGUAUCCGGUUCCCUGUAGUGGCAAUGGGGGUGCUGAAGUGGGUGGACUGGACUGUCUCAGAGCCGCGCUACUUCCAGCUGCAGACCGACCACACUCCUGUCCAUCUGGCGCUACUGGAUGAGAUCAGCACUUGCCACCAGCUCCUGCACCCGCAGGUUCUGCAGCUGCUGAUCAAGCUGUUUGAGACGGAGCACUCUCAGUUAGACGUCAUGGAGCAGCUGGAACUGAAAAAGACCCUACUGGACCGCAUGGUUCACCUGCUGAGUCGUGGCUACGUUCUGCCAGUAGUCAGCUAUAUCCGCAAGUGCCUGGAGAAGCUGAACACAGACAUCUCACUCAUCCGCUACUUUGUCACAGAGGUCCUGGAUGUGAUUGCGCCUCCUUACACCUCGGAUUUCGUGCAGCUCUUCCUGCCUAUCCUGGAGAACGACAGCAUUGCUGGCACCAUCCGCACGGAGGGAGAGCACGACCCUGUGGCUGAAUUCAUAGCACACUGUAAAUCUAACUUCAUCAUGAUGAACUGAGAUCCUGGUAAGGGGUAUGGCAGGGGAACAGGUAAACCAGUGAGCCCUGGACUGGCUGCUGUCUGCACUGGGGUGAGCUGGAGAGGCAGGUGUGAGGCAGACCAAUGCCUGUACGUGUAAAAUCUGUUACAUGACCAGCCUUGUGGCAUUGGAGACAAGACAGAUCCAAACACAUUUGUGUCAAGCAUUCGGGUCUGAGGUAUCAUACGAUGCUUGAUCCUUGUUGACAUGAUCUUUUCAUGAAUGAUGAGAGUUGGUCCUGUUUUCCUUCAGAUUGGAGGUUGCUAAAUUUACCAUGGUGUUGCUUCUAUCAGUUUACCCAUAGAAAACACAGACAAUGGAAAAUCCUAACCACCUACAUGGAGAAUCUUGUCAGAAGUCUUUACUGGUGUUGAUAGUUUUUUUUGUCAAUUCUUUUUUUAAGUUUUUUGAUGAAAUAAAUGUAAAUGUGAUCCUGUGUAGAAAUAAAUAGCUAUUCCAAAAAAAAGCCCUCAUACUCUGUAU